AUGGAUAUAACUCACGCGAAUAUAUAUAACCCAAAUCAAACGAGAUCUCGAUCGAAGUCAAGAACAAGGAAUUCAACCGCAAAUUCUCGAUCAACAAGUUCAACUAGGAGACCUACUUUUGGACGUAAAAGGUCACUUUCUUCAUCAUCGACCAGUAAGCUCACUAUAACACCAACGACUCUUGACGAUGAAAGAUUAAUUCCAACUGCUCAAGCAACGUUAGAUAAUAGUGUUCCAUUAGAUUUUUUUAAACAGGAUAUUAUUGCUAUGGUCAAAGCGCUUCGAAUUGGUAAAUGGCAUAAAAGACAAUUGACAAUUGCUAACUUGAGCGUGAAUAGAAUUUCAGGAGCAUUAACUAACUCGAUCUAUAAGUUAACAUAUAUUGACGAACAACAGAAUUUUCUGUUACCUACUUUGUUAUUGAGAGUUUAUGGAAAGAACUUAGAUUCGAUAAUUGAUAGAGAGAGGGAAUUAAGUGUUUUGGUCAAAUUGUCCCAGAGAAACAUUGGCCCUAAAUUGUUAGGUAUAUUUUCAAAUGGUAGAUUUGAACAGUUUUUAGAUGGAUUUUCACCGUUAGAUAAAGAUAAUCUUAGAGAUGAAAUCAUUUCUCAAAUGUUGGGGAGAAGGAUGAAAGAUUUGCAUUACAAAGUUGAAUUAAGCAAUGAAGAUGUUAAAGGAUUGCCCAUGUGUUGGAAGUUGAUUUAUAAAUGGCUCCAGAUUUUUGAAGAUACAGUCUUACCAAGUUAUGGCCACUGUGGGGUAAAGGAAGAAGAGAUCUUCUUGAUGAAGUUCGAUCAAUUUAAAGACUUGAUAAAAAAAUAUGAGAAAUGGUUGCUCUCUCAUUAUGAUACUGAAUUACUUGCUUCCAAUUACAAAUUCUGUCACAAUGACACUCAGUAUGGUAAUCUCUUGUUGCAUGAAUCGUUCGAUGCAAGCGAUAUUAUUAUAUCGCACCCACCAUCUUCAGCUAAUUUGCUCAGUGAUAAGAAAUCAGCGGUUAUCAAAUCGACUAGCAAUAAGAAAGAUAGCAGUUUAGCAGUUAUUGAUUUUGAGUAUUCCGGUCCGAAUUUCCCAGCAUUUGAUUUAGCAAAUCAUUUUUGCGAGUGGAUGGCUGAUUAUCACGAUCCUGAAAAAUCGUAUUAUAUAUACGAAGAAAAUUAUCCGAGCAGAUUAGAGCAAUUGAACUUGAUCAAAUCCUAUGUUGAAUACGACUUCCAAUUCCCUUCAUCUAACCUCAAGCACGCUUUUGACAAGGACGUCACCCAGGUCAACGCUGCUGAUUUAAUUCAAUUCGAGAUAAAGAAAUUGCACAACGAAUGUAUUCUUUGGAGACCUGCCGUGCAAAUUUACUGGUGUCUUUGGGGUUUAAUUCAAAAUGGUCCAGUUAGACCAACUGUUGCUAAUAAUAAUCAUAACUCUUCCGAAAAAGUAAUCGAUAGUACAUACAGCAUUACUGUUGGUGUGGAUACAUUAAGAUUGGAAGAAAAUGCAAUUAGAGAAGAAGAAGAAGAAAUCACUUCAUCUGAUGACGACUUUGAUUAUUUGAAGUACGCCCAACAAAAAUCCGGUCUUACUAUAGGUGACCUUUUGCAAUUUGACCUUAUAAACAAGGAGGAUAUCCCUGAAGAACACGUUAAGGAUAUAAAGCACUUAGAUUGUGAUUUUUUUGAUCUUUAA